AUGCCGAGCGCUUAUCCAGACGUUCAGCCGUUCGACAAUGAGGUCUACUCAUACAAUUUUCCAUUCGUCCCUCGCUACGAUUGGCUGGCCAGGAAUCCCAAACAGACGUCGCGGUUACCCACACCAGUCCCAUAUGUGGUGAUCCAUCACUCGUACAUUCCGGCAGCCUGCCAUGAUAAAGACGAAUGUUCUGCAGCCAUGAGAAAAAUGCAAAAUAUGCACAUGGAUGAUAGGGGCUGGUGCGAUAUUGGUUACAAUUUUGGUGUAGGCAGUGACGGUGCUGCAUAUGAGGGCCGCGGUUGGGCAACAUUAGGUGCUCACGCGCUUUACUUCAAUACUCUCAGUAUUGGCAUUUGUCUUAUAGGAGACUGGUCAACUCUUCUCCCACCAGCUCAACAAAUAAAAACAGCUAAGGCUUUAAUAGCAGCUGGUGUACAACAAGGCUACAUACGGCCUGAUUACAAACUGGUCGGACAUCGCCAAGUGAGAGCAACUGAAUGUCCAGGCCAAGCGCUGUACGAAGAGAUCCAGUCUUGGGAUCAUUACUCAUCUUUCCCAGCAACCUAUAAAGAUCUGAUAAAUAUUGCGGAGUUACCUGAGUCUGUGAAAAAAAAUAUCUUGAGUAGUAAUGCGACCAAAUCUUGA